AAAUAUAAAAUGGGAAUUAAACAUCUUCGCCAGCUUCUUGAAGAGCACGCUUCGUCUUGUAUUAAAUUGAAUAAUAUUGACCAUUAUUUUGGACGGAAAGUAGCUAUUGAUGCUUCUAUGAGUAUUUAUCAGUUUUUAAUCGCAGUUCGCCAACAAGAUGGACAACAAUUAAUGACAGAAACAGGGGAAACAACAAGCCAUUUGAUGGGGAUUUUCUAUAGGACUUUAAGAAUGUGUGAUAAUGGCAUUAAACCAUGUUAUGUUUUUGAUGGAAGUCCUCCUAAACUAAAAAGUGGAGAGCUUGCAAAACGACUAGAAAGAAGAGAAGAAGCAGUUAAAUUACAUUCAGAAGCAAAAGAAAUAGGAUCCAUAGAAGAUAUAAAUAAAUUUAGCAAAAGAAUUAUACGUGUGACUCGUGAACAUAAUGAAGAAUGUAAAAAAUUACUAAAAUUAAUGGGAAUACCAUGUAUAAAUGCACCAUGUGAAGCAGAAGCACAAUGCGCAGCUCUUGCUAAGUCUGGAAAGGUUUAUGCAGCGGCAUCAGAAGACAUGGAUACAUUGUGUUUUUCUACACCUAUUUUACUUCGACAUUUAACUUUUAGUGAACAAAAAAAAGAGCCUAUCAGUGAAGUUAAUUUGGAGAAAGCAUUGAAGGAAUUGUACAUGCCUUUAGAACAAUUUGUAGAUCUUUGUAUUCUUUUAGGAUGCGAUUAUUGUGAACCAAUUAAAGGAAUUGGACCAAAAAGAGCACUGGAACUAAUUAGAGAAUAUAAAUCUUUAGAUACGUUCAUAAGUUCCGCUGAUGGAUCUAAAUAUCAAAUACCUGAAAAUUGGCCAUAUAAAGAUGCAAGAGAUUUAUUUUUAAAUCCUGAUAUUACAAACCCUGAAACUCUUGAAUUAAAGUGGGAAAGUCCUGAUGCAAAAGGUCUUUUAGAAUUUCUUGUUAAGGAAAAAGGGUUUAAUGAGGAAAGAGUAAACAAUGGUAUUUUAAGAUUAGAAAAAGCAUUAAAAUCAAGUCAACAAGUGCGCCUGGAUAGUUUUUUUAAGGUUAUCCCAAAACUACAUGAAGCUACUAGUGUAGAAAAAAGAAAAACUGAAGAAAAUACACAUGCAAAUAAGAAAAAUAGAACUAAUAAAAAAAAAAAAUAAUAUUAACAAUUGAAAUGUCUUUUUGUAUAUAA